UUACAGUUACACUCAUUGCUGCUUCCCCUCAAAGUCGACAGAGUGAUGAAUAGAUAGUUUUGGAUAGUUUUGUGUCAUUAUCAUAUGACAUUUAUCAGUAAACACCAUGUCAUUAAUUGACGUCCCAAACGGAUCGAAUGAAUGUCUAUAGUUGUAUAUACUUUACUUGGAAAAUAUACCUAAGGAUACACAAAAGGGAAAGACUAAGUGCCUACAUAUAAUAUGAAGUAUAACCUAUAAAAUAUAAUACUACUUAAUAUGUUAGCAGUAUAAGGCGUUCCUACAGUCAUGGAAAUUCAAAAUAUAUUUCUAAUAUUUUACAUGAUUUUUACUAUAGAAAACAGUUAUGGUCUUCAUAGAAACUUAAAGUAUUAUGAAACCCUUCAUUCAUCUCAUCUUCAACAUAAAAUUAUAAAACGGGGUGUUCAACACAGUUAUCAUCCUUAUAACAAAAUAAGUGAAUUAGAAUUUUAUUCUCAUGGCAGAUCCUUUCGUUUAAUUUUAACACCACGAAGAGAAGUCAUUCAUUCUAAGUUUAAAGCAUAUGAAGUCAAUGGGGAUGGAAAGGAAAGAACUGUACAUUUAGAUCAUGAAAGUUUUUAUCAUGGACGUGUAUUUGGUGAAAUUGAUUCUCAUGCACAAGUACAUAUUGACAAUGGAAUUCUAACUGCCACUAUUACAAUUUCUGAUGAAACAUAUCACAUUGAACCCUCUUGGAGACAUUUACCUCACUUAGGAAAUGAAACAAUGAUUAUCUAUAAAUCGUCAGAUGUUAAACUUAGUUGGGAACAUUUUCAAGAUGGUGAAGGCCACACACAUGGUGUUCCAAAAACCUGUGGAUAUGUAAAAGAAGAAUUAGACAUACCGAUAAGUGAUGAGAAACGGAUAGAAGAAGAAUCUGAUAUACUUUCUAGAACAAAAAGACAAACAGAAACCUAUGAAUACACUCCAACAAAAACUAGAUGUCCUUUACUACUGGUUGCGGAUUACCGUUUUUAUCAAGAAAUGGGAGCUAGUAGCACAAAAACGACUAUUAAUUAUUUGAUAAGUUUAAUCGAUAGAGUACAUAAAAUUUAUAACGAUACUUUAUGGCAAGAACGGCAAGAGCAAGAUGGAUUUAAAGGAAUGGGAUUUGUUAUUAAAAAAAUAGUAGUUCAUAGCGAGCCAACUCGUGUAAGAGGUGGGGAAAUACAUUAUAAUAUGGUUAGAGAAAAGUGGGAUGUACGCACGUUACUUGAGGUAUUCAGUAGGGAAUAUAGUCACAAGGAUUUUUGCUUAGCACAUUUAUUUACUGAUCUCAAAUUUGAGGGUGGUAUAUUGGGAUUAGCGUAUGUCGGAUCACCGCGUAGAAAUUCAGUAGGUGGAAUCUGUACACCAGAAUAUUUCAAGAACGGUUACACGCUGUAUCUCAACUCAGGAUUAAGUUCUAGUAGAAAUCAUUAUGGGCAAAGAGUAAUUACAAGAGAAGCUGAUUUAGUCACUGCACAUGAAUUUGGACACAACUGGGGUUCUGAACAUGAUCCAGAUAUUACAGAAUGCAGUCCAAGUGCUAGUCAAGGAGGGUCGUAUUUAAUGUAUACUUAUAGCGUUAGUGGAUACGAUGUGAAUAAUAAGCGUUUUUCGCCGUGUAGUUUAAGAUCCAUUAGGAAAGUUUUACAAGCAAAGUCGGGUCGCUGUUUUUCCGAACCGGAAGAAUCGUUUUGUGGUAAUCUUCGAGUCGAAGGAGACGAAGAAUGCGAUGCAGGAUUAUUGGGUACAGAAGAUAAUGAUGCUUGUUGUGACAAGAACUGCAAACUUCGUAGAAGUCAAGGAGCAGUUUGUAGCGACAAAAACUCGCCUUGUUGUCAAGGUUGUGCAUUCAUGCCGUUAGGUGUAAAGUGCAGAGAUGCUCAGUAUGCUACUUGCGAGCAAGAAUCUCGCUGCACGGGAGCAUCUAGCGAAUGCCCGAGAUCUCCACCAAUGAAAGAUGGUACAGGUUGUCUUGAAAGAGGUCAAUGUAGACUUGGCAAAUGUGUACCGUAUUGCGAAACACAAGGUCUACAAAGUUGCAUGUGUGAUACAAUUGGAGACGCGUGUAAAAGAUGUUGUCGCAUGAGUUUGAAUGAAACUUGCUUCCCCAUAGAUCCACAGGAUAUUUUACCUGAUGGAACACCAUGCAUUCAAGGAUUUUGUAAUAAGGGUAUUUGCGAGAAAACAAUUCAGGAUGUAGUAGAACGAUUUUGGGAUAUAAUCGAGGACAUAAAUAUUAAUAAAGUUAUGCGAUUCUUAAAAGAUAAUAUAGUGGGGGCUGUCAUAAUUAUCACUGCCAUCGUAUGGAUUCCGACAAGUUGCGUCAUUAGUUACAUCGACCACAGACGCGUUAGAGAAAGCGAAAAGAAAUGGCGUUGGAAAAAUACAGAUGAGCUUAUUCAUCCAGAUGAACAAAGACAAGUCAUUUAUAUAGGUGGACAACGACAAAGGAUACAACAGGUUACACAACAAUAAGUAUUUCAUUUAUGUAUAUAUUUACACAAGUGCUAUACCUAGUGAUAAUUCUAGUCCCAAAUACUUCUAUAUUACAUAUGUUUUCAUUUUUUAUGUUCAUAUGUAAACAACAUUUUCGACAGAAGUAAAUAGUAUUAUUUUAAAGAUAAAUAUGUACAAUAAUUUAUGUAAUUUCUUCCUUUGAAGUAUUGUAUAAUUUUAUAUAUAUUUAUAUUAUGUUUUAUUUAUAAAUUGUACAAAAAUAAAUACAGAAUUUAUAUACGA